AUGGCGACAAAUCAAACGACUUCUGGCGAACUUACUGUGUUGGAUCCACGCACCAGCGCUCUCUUACCUCUACCACCAUUAUCAUUCUCUGGAUUGGAACAUGAAAACUUUCGACACUUUCGGCGCGACUUGGAGUCAUUCAUCCUCAUAAACGGCAUUGAUACAAACCAUAGACGAGUCAAUGUCCUUCAAGCAGUAUUACGGGGAAAAGCUUUGGCAUACUUUGAAAGAGUCAUCAAGCCCAAAUACAAGGUUGAAACACCUGACGAGACCGACAUACGAUUCAGCGUCUCGUACUUUGACGCAUUGGAAGAUCUUCAAGACCACUAUGUCACGGAGUACGACAUCCUUCGCUUUCGCAACCGAUUCGAGACCUCCACACAACGCAACAAUGAGAGUCCACGAUCAUUUCUUGGACGACUUCGAGAACUAGCUUAUGAAGCAAAUGUCACCGAUGAGAUUCUCAUCAAGUCAAGAUUCAAAUCCGGGUUAUUACCUGAAAUCAAACGACAUUGUAUCCUACUACAAGCAAUCACGCAUGAACAAGUCUUCAAUACGGCCGAAGGAUAUUGGGAAGCACAACGCAUUGGUGACGACUUCUCAUCAUAUCACCAGCAACAAAGACGAAAUGAACGUGCAAUGUUCACCAACAUCGAGACACAACCCGAAAGCCAAUAUCGACAUCCAUAUCAAGAACCGGAGCCAUAUCAACCACAAGCUUUCCAAAGACUACGACCACAAUUGCGGUUUUCAGAAAUUGAUCCAACGACUACAUCCUCAAGCAACCAAUAUCCACAAUGGCGAACAUUUCAAGAAUAUGGAUCGAGGAACCAAGCAUCGAGAUAUCAAGGACCAAGGAAUCAAGGACCAAGGAAUCAAGGAACAAAGAAUCAAGAACAAAGGAAUCAAGGACCAAGGAACCAAGGAUCAUGGAAUCAACAAGAAAGGCGAUACGACAAUCGGCGAUACAAUAAUUAUCAACCAAAUGAUCGGCGACAAGAACGACCACCUCCAAGACAACAAGAUGAAGUACGGCAAUCAUAUCAGCAAGAACCGAGGAGACCCCAAUACCAGGAUAAUAGGCGACCGAACCAAAACCAAGAAUGA